GAUGUAACAAAUCCCGGGAAAUCGUUGAGGUUUCCGGAAGAAGAAGCGCCAGCAUGGCGGAUACAUUUUCAACCUUCUGUGCUGAUUUUUAGUGUUUCUGUGUCUUAUUUUCACACUUGAAACAGAUAACCCCCGUGGCACUGCAGUGAGUUGUGACCGCAGACCAUCAGGACCGGUUCUGCAUGGCCCGGCUCUGGAUCAGGACUGACGCUGCACCGCUGGCUAAUGUUAGCAGCCUGGACACGUCGUGACUUGUGACCCACUUUGACUCGGUUCCCUGGACUGGCUGAGUGGGAGCCUGAACACGGACCAAAGAGGGUCUCUUCCUAAUUUAGUGACUCUGACCCGAGUCAAAGAAGAAGUACAUUAAGCCUUAGUGAUAAAAACACUCACCAAAAUUAACAAUGGAUGAAGUGACUGUGGAAGUAGAUGAGGAAGUGACAAAACAGGACUUCUCCUUGGAGCCACUGCCAGAGCCACUGCUGAUAAUUCUGUCUCCACCUCCACCUUACUUGCCUGUGCCUAGCCGACCUGCCAUGUUAUGGCACAAGUGGCUCAAAGCUUUUGAACACUAUGUGGACGGACUCAAUGAACAUGAGCUCAGCGACACCAGUAAAUGUUUGCUCCUGCAGAACUGCCUUGGUCCAGAGGGUCAGCGUAUCUUCUCAAUACUGGUUCAGAGUGAAACCAUGUACACGGCAGCCAUUUCAACACCUCUUUACUUUAGCUCUAGUCAGACCUCUCAGAUGUACCGCCUUAAAUUUCAUCAGAGGGCUCAGGAGCCCGAAGAGACUGUGCAUCAGUUUGUGUCUGUGUUAAAAGAACUGCUGAGACCCUGCAACUAUGGAGGCCCACAAGAAAAACUGAUCCUGGAUCAGCUGGUUGAGAAAACAAGCUGCCCACAGCUCAAAGACAGGCUUCUGUUGGAGAGAGGAAGAUUGACCUUGGACAAAGCUUUAGUUAUCGCUAAAGAGGUUGAAUCUACGUUAAGUGAAAGUGAAAUGUUUCGGAUACACGAGGUCAGUGUAGACAUUGCUGAUGACUUUGACCCUCCUGUUGUAAAGAGGAAAAGAGGACGGCCCCGAAAGGAGAGAGCAGGGCGAAAACUGUAGCGAAACCAUGUGUGGCCAAGAAGUCAACAAAAGCAUCUAAAUUCAAAGACAAUUAUUAUUACACAAACGAUAAGCUGUAUUAUAGUGACACUGAGCCGGACUCUUCUAAUCAAGCUGAGGACACUAAUGUGGCUCACGAUAAAUCUAACGAUGAAACCGCAAAUAAUGAUGAUUCAACACUGUCAUCAUCACUGAUAGUUGACGAGGAAGUCUCUGACAAAGCAAGCGAAGGGGUUAAUUAUGACGACGAAGACGAUGAUGAUGACGAAGACUUGGUAAUGUCUCCGUCCAAACUAAAGGGUCCCUACUGUCCGCUCUGUGUCAACAGACGCUUCAGAGAUGCACAUAAACUGGCCAGACACAUGAGGACACACACCAAAGAGAAACCGUUCAGCUGCCCCAUCUGCGCCGUGACGUUCAGUCAGUCAUAUCACAUGACCCGACACAUGAGGAACCAGCAUGGCGCAGGACCCCACGUCUGCUCCACGUGUGGGGAGAGUUUAGGGACUCACACAGAGCUGCAGAAUCACAAGAGGAAGCAUGGGCCGAGAGUUCUGUCAUGUCCCGCGUGUUAUGAAAGCUUUACCAGGGAAGGUGCUUUUUUAACUCACCUGAUGUCACACAGCAAAGAUAAGUGCAACCAGACAGAAGGACAGAGCUCCCAGGAAAGUGAAGGAGUAAAAAACAACAAAACAACUCAAUCAUGUGAUGAGGAUAAUCAUGACAGUGACAACUGCAGUAAUGAUGUUGCUGAGGUGGAUACAGACUCUGGUGAUGAUGAUGACGACUCUCAGGAAAUAGGGUCUGAAGUCACCGUUAAGACUGAAGUUGGGGACACGGAUGAAGCUGAAUGUGGAGAUGGAGGCACACCAAAAGAAAAAGCCUCCCCUAAGGCUAAAACAAAGGACCAUGUUUGUCCAAUCUGUGUAGACCGACGGUUCAGAGGGCAGAACAAACUCGCCAGACACAUGAGGACGCACACAAAGGAGAAACCGUUCAGCUGCCCAGUCUGCUCUUUAACCUUCAGCCAGUCCUACCACAUGACUCGCCACCUGAGGAACCAGCACGACCUGGGCCAGUACAUCUGUACUAAAUGUGGGAAAAGUUUAGGAAGCUGGCUAGAACUGAAAGAACAUAAAAAGACUCAUGCUGUUGAAGGCCUGACGUGUCUUGCGUGUGAUAAACAGUUCAAGGAGAAGGCUGAGCUUGUGAGUCAUCUCAAAGUACACAAGAAAAUCACCAACCCCCGCAGCCUCAUCUGUGGUGAUUGUGGGAAAGUGUUUGGUAGAAUGUAUCAUUUGAAGAGACACCUAAUGUCCCACCGCAAAGCUGCAAAUGGUGAGUGUUACACAUGCCCAGAUUGUCAGAAGACCUUCGCCUUCCCUGAAGACCUCAAUAAACACCUGGAGAUCCACGUAAAAGAAAACAACGGGACUUGUCCGAAAUGUAAUAAAAAGUUCAGCAGCCCUGAAGAACUUGAAGCGCACAUGGGGGAACAUGAGAAGUCGUACCCCUGCAACACCUGUGGGAAGAAGUUCAAGGUGGAGUAUGCCCUGAAGAAGCACGAGCAGAGCCACCAGGACGAGCAGUACUACUGUUCGCUGUGCCGCAAACACUUCACCAAGCUGUCUCACUACAAGAGGCACAUCAUGGUGCAUGACAGACGGGAAUGCAAAUGUCCACAUUGUGACAGCGUGUUUCUACAGUUAACUGCUUUUAAGUACCACCUUCGGACUCAUACUGAGGAAAGACCAUAUCAGUGCACCUGUUGUAUUGAGUCCUUUGAGGAGAAAGAAUCUGGAUCAACACUGCCUCAAACACAGGAAGUUUAAGAAGGAGCGUCCGUACUCGUGCACUCGCUGUGACAGCGCCUUCACUCUGCUGACCGAGCUGACUGAGCACAUGGUUUCACACGAGGGCGAGCAGCCGCUGAACUGCCCCAUCUGCGGCAAGACCUUCCUGAACAAGAACAAGCUGGAGAAGCACCUGAGCAUCCACACAGGGGAGAGACCCCACCUCUGCUCCAUCUGUGGCGACGGCUUCCCCUCCGCUGCCAGUCUCAAGCUCCACAUCCACAUCCACACUGGAGAGAAGCCCUUCCAGUGCUCCCAGUGCAGCAAGAGCUUCAGGUCAUCCAGCGGGCUGCGGCUGCACAGCAAGCAACACCUGGAAGUGCGGCCGAGCUACUCGUGCCCCGAGUGUGGCAGAACUUACGGCCGCAUGACAGAGCUGAAGAUGCACCAGCGCUACCACACGGGGGACAAACCAUACGCCUGCACCUGCUGCAGCAAACGCUUCAUCAGCAAAGACAAACUGAACGUUCACAUGAGGGUACACACAGGGGAGAGGCCGUACUCCUGCCCCCACUGUGGACAGACAUUCACACAGACUGGGGACAGAAACAGACACAUCAGUAAAUACCACUAGUUAGAUACUGUUGUACCAGAAGCUGAGUUGUUGCUUGGGGUUUUGCAUGUUGAGGGGGGGUGUCCACAGGAAUCAGCACAUCUUAGGUCAUCAUCUGUUAUUUAUCUGGGAGAGCUUUAAACAAUUGCUGGACCUAAGCGCCCUUUUUAAAGGACAAUGCUAAAAAGAAGGUCCAGUCCAGUCCGGCCCUUGAAACCUCCUCAAAUGCUGUAAAAAAUGAUGAAGCUAUGUCAAGAAAAUCUGGCCUUACGUGACAUAAAUAAUGAGGGAUAUUUGAUUUGUUUUAGAGGGAGAAAAAGAAGAUAUUUUCUCUGUCAUGAUGAAAAGAUUGUGAUACACAUUUUUUUUAAAAAGAUGUGCUUUUAUUGAUGUUCUGACAUUGAAGACCAAACCGUCUUUAAUGGAUAGGAUGCUACAAACAGGUUGCCACUGCUGUCACCUUCAUACCUGGACUUUUAUUCUAUGUCACAUCAACCCUUCAACAGCUCUGCAUGAGGGUUUAUCUCUCUCACCCCUGUGCCUGACUUCACCUUAACACAAACCUUGCACAUUCAAUCACUAACUCACCAACAGACACACACUAAGGACUGGCUAUUGAUUGGGUUUUUUGCAGGAGCUUAAUUUUUCCAGUUUGCCUUGUAGAUAGAUCAACCUCACCUGGCUACGUGGCUACAAAGCAGAUAUACCAAUCACUCAAAUUAAACUACAAGUUAUCAAUACAAAUGCUGUUCUCAACCACAUUAUGAUGUGUAAUAUUAAUGUUUUUUUUCAUUUAUUCAGUUUUUUAGCCUCUCUUUUAUAGUUUCCCAGUUAUUUUGUACCAGUGCUGAAAAAGUGCCAUGAAAUAAAACUCUUUCGUGUAAGGAGGUGUACAAACAACGCUUGUAAAAAAGUAAACGUGAGCUGCAUUAUUAUAUUCUCCUUCAGUCAGAUGCUUUUCAAUCAGGUGUACGUAUGAAUUAAAAAAAUCAAAUAAACCCUUUUUGUAUCCAUCUUGGGUUACAUUAUCACCAGAGCCAAUAACACAAUGCUGAAUUAAUAACAGUUUACUGUUACGA